AUGUCGCAUAGUUUAAUAUUACCGGGUGAUAAACUCCCUAUCGAAGAUGUAGAAAGUAUAAAGACUGUUAUAGGUCCUGGAAUCUAUAAGAAGCCAACUUCAAAUACACUCAUUGCAUCAACUGCUGGAAUCAUUUCAGUUGAACAAAACAAAAAUCAUACCAAUCAAUUAGUUUAUAUAGAAUCAAACUCAAAGAGAUAUAUACCCCAUACUAAUGAUUUUGUAAUCGGUAUAGUUACAGGUGUAUUGGGAGAAUCAUAUAAAGUUCAAUUACAAGAUUUUUCUUCAGCUGUCUUACUUCCAUUUAUGGCAUUUCCAAAUGCAACUAAAAAGAAUCGUCCAAAUUUAAAAAAUGGUCAAGCAGUAUAUGCUAGAGUAACUCAAGAUAUUCCUGAAAUUGAAGCAGAAUUAGAAUGUAUUGAUCCAACUACUGGUAAAGAAGGUGGGUUUGGAUUAUUGGAUGAAUCUGGUUACAUAUUUGAUGUGAAUUUGAAUUUUGCUCGUGAAUUGUUAUUUAAUCCAAACACUAUAUUCUUAGAAAUGUUGGCUACAAAAUGUAAGUUUGAGAUAGCGAUAGGUAUAAAUGGUAAGAUUUGGAUCAAAUGUGGUGAAGGUUUGAAGAUAAAGGAUGAGAAUAGUAUGGAAGAAGAUAAUGACGAUAAUACUUCACAUACACCUGUGAGUAGCAUCAAAGAUUUACGUGCAACUUUAUCCGCAGCAAGAUUUUUGACAAGAUGUCAAUCUAUAACACAAGAUAAACUUAAAUCAGAAUUAAAUGAAGCUUUUAAAGGUAUAUAG